CACAGGUUGCCGCGGAGCCGGUGGCUGCCCCUUCAGCCUGUCGCAGCAGCGUCGGCGUAGAACGCAGUGUUUGUGCCCGCAUCCUUGUGGCUGAAGGGGCUUCCACCCUGUGAUGGCCACCUCUGCUCAGCCCUGAGGGCCAAGACAGAGAUCUUUUUCCAGAUGAGUCCCCAAUAAGUUAGCUAAGUAACUUGAUAUGUGACUCAGGGGGGUGAGGACCUGCACCCAGCGUCUCGCUGCAGCCCCACCCUGGGUCCUCUUACCUGGCUGCCCACCGCCUUCCCAUCAUUAGGUGAUGGGGCUGGCCCAGAAACCUGGGCACCUUGCGGUGGCUCUACUGGCCACCUUUCCCCUUUGCUUGAAGCAGGUACUGUCCUUGACUCUUGCUGAAGGUGUGUUAACAUUUGUCCUUCCCUCCCCGUGUCCUUUUUCACUGCCCGCCCAAAAUAAGGAGUUCCUACUUUAUCACAGUAUGAAAGAGAAAAAUCAUUUCUCAUACUGGACUCAAGCUAUUCUUGAAACCAAGUUAAGAAAAAGUAUCUUUGACCCCCGAAUGCGUCUCAGAACACUGUGGCAGUGCUGGACUUGGGGGGUUACAACCUGCAGCCUCUGAGGACACCACAGGGUUUGAGAAAGAGGGUUCUGCUGUCUGGCAAUGACCCCCCUUUGCUGUUCAGGAAAUGCUUUGCUAAAAUUUCAUCUAAAACAUUCAUGCCCCAGCAGGCAUGUUUCAUUUUUUCGCCUUCCCACAGGGCCAGUGGCCCCCAGCUGAGGUUUUUCUGGAAGAAUUGGCAUCCUUUUCUCUGUGGGUGAUGCCAUAGCUUGGAAGGACACUCCAGAUCCUUUGCUGGGAUGAGAGAUUUGGUUCAGGCCCUGCGGGUCUGUGGGUGCGUCCAGGUGGUGCCCAUGUAAUAAGCGUUUCUUACUGAAUAAACAUAUCAGGUCCCUAGAUGGCCUAGUACUCCAGGCCCCACACGUCCCCACGGGUUCACCUUUCAUCCUUGCUCCCCACUGAAUGAAUGAGCCUCUGUCUCACCUGGAGAGUUAUCCUGUUUCCCCCCCCAUCCACCCCCUACCCCAGCAUUCCCCUCCAUACCCCUCAUCUGCCAUGGUUUUCAUUUUCCCCAGGUCCCAGGUGUGCACACCUUCAGCAGGUCCCGGGGAAGAUGGCGGCCCUAGGGGACGUUCAGGAGCCCCUUCCUGUCCCGUCCCCUCUCAGUCUCUCCUCACCGGGGACACCUGGAGCCCAGCACCACGAGGCACGGCUUCACCUCCACGGGCAUCAGCAUGGCUCCCCCAGCUCCAGCCCUGAGGUGCUCUCCCAGCCAUCGGACCUGGAUCUCCAAGACAUAGAAGAAGUUGAGAUCGGCAGAGACACCUUCUGGCCUGAUUCCGAGUCCCAGCGGGACCAGGCUGCCUCUCCCCACCUGCACGUCCCUGCAGACGGGGUAGGCCAAGAUGUGGGGACGCUGCGGGGCCUCCUGAGGAGCCUCCCCCGUGGAGCCAAGUGUCCAAGCCUUGGGCAGGAGUCCAGCUUGGAGCGGCAGCCUCCAGGGGCCAUCCCCUGCGCUCAGAAGAGGGGCGCCUGGUGCUUGACGCUGGGGCCGCAGGGCGCCCCUGGUGCCGAGAGCGGGCCCGAGCGGGCUGCCGAGCUGGGGGGCGGCUUCGGCCUGGGCGCCGGUCUCGGGACGCGGCAGGGCAGCCCGCGGGGGGCCAAGCCGCACCGGUGCGAGGCCUGCGGCAAGAGCUUCAAGUACAACUCGCUGCUGCUGAAGCACCAGCGCAUCCACACGGGCGAGAAGCCCUACGCCUGCCACGAGUGCGGCAAGCGCUUCCGCGGCUGGUCGGGCUUCAUCCAGCACCACCGCAUCCACACGGGCGAGAAGCCGUACGAGUGCGGCCAGUGCGGCCGCGCCUUCAGCCACAGCUCGCACUUCACGCAGCACCUGCGCAUCCACAACGGCGAGAAGCCCUACAAGUGCGGCGAGUGCGGCCAGGCCUUCAGCCAGAGCUCCAACCUGGUGCGCCACCAGCGGCUGCACACGGGCGAGAAGCCCUACGCCUGCAGCCAGUGCGGCAAGGCCUUCAUCUGGAGCUCCGUGCUCAUCGAGCACCAGCGCAUCCACACGGGCGAGAAGCCCUACGAGUGCGCCGACUGCGGCAAGGCCUUCCGGGGCCGCUCGCACUUCUUCCGGCACCUGCGGACCCACACGGGCGAGAAGCCCUUCGCCUGCGGUAUCUGCGGCAAGGCUUUCGGCCAGAGCUCCCAGCUUAUCCAGCACCAGAGGGUGCACUACCGCGAGUAGCCAGGGCGGGGACUGGCCGGCCAGGGCCCAGCGGGCCCGGGAAGUUCCAGGGCGAGGCUCCUGCCUACCCUCCUGGCGGGCACUGCCAAGCACUCCACGCCAGAGUGUCUCCAAUAAAUUCUUUUUGACGAUG